UGAAGUAAAGGAUUGAUUAAAUCCGUUCUUCCGCCUGAGCAAUCAACAUAGUGUCAAAAGGCGAAAUACGAAUUCACUGAAACUCAGGACUGGUUCAACGAUCAUGGAAAUCAUUGAUCCACCAGGUCACCGCAUCCACGCACAGAGCUCUCGAGAUAGGAUCUUGGGAAGGCAGAUCAUUCGUGGGUUGGGUUGGGGGGGACGGCCAUAUCACCUGUAUUAACCAAUUUGAUCUCCAACGGGACCAUUUCAGUCCCCUGCACUUAACAAGUUGCAUCCACGGGGCUUCGUUUAGAUCUACAUUGAUGAACCGCAUGAAGCAGAUGACAUGUCACUUGAUGGAGAAUUAGGCCGGCGUAUAGCCCAGAAGAAUGCCAUCGUCAUGUUCGAUGAUUACGACCGGAAAACGCAACCGGCGGAGAGUUGUCACCAUCCCCGACGAGGAAUCGAUGCAUUUAUGGCAGUGCAUGAAGGGGAAUAUGAAGCCCUUCACUCGGGUUACCAAAGCAAGACGGAAUCGGCCUUUUGCCCAAGGACGCCAACAGUCAAGCUGGAAAGAAUUUGUGUACAGCAUCAACUUGGUGAUAACGAAUAUGCAAUACUCGUAACUGUCACUCUUCAUACAGCCGUUGCAGAUGACACCUUAGGUUAGGUGUCCGGACACGCGGCGUCCGGAUGGGUGCUUAGCGCCUCUGGCCCUACGCACCAUUGCUACCGUCGCUCAGGAGGCAAUCUCCAACAGCAUCAA